AUGACCACCUGCUCGCCCUCCUCACCCUCUGCCUCUCGCCCCUACCAACAGCCUUCAAGGACACCAAACGACACUGAACCUCUCACCGCCUGCCUCUCACCUUCCGCCACCACCAUCCCCUCCUCUCGCCCCUCCGACACCAUCUGGAGGAGUCCAGAUGAUGGCGGUUGUGAAAGAGGAAGGGGCCCAGCGAAUUUAGCAAGUGUUUGUCCCAGACCCCCGGGGGCCAUCCCACUGGUGCACAAACUGCCCCGAACUGCAACGCUCAGGGUCGUUUGGGGUCCUGCUUGCCCCGCUGCCCACCUGGUUCACCCCACCACCACCCCCUCGCCCUCCUCACCCUCCACUGCCCCUUCUCGCCAUCCAACACCCCCAGGGGCCAUCCAACAAUGCCCCUGGUGUGUGAACGAGCUCGAACUUCAGAGUUCGGGCUCGUUCGGGCUUGUCUUUUCCCUGCCACCCGCCUUGUUCACCCCACCACCACUCCCUCGCCCUCCUCACCCUCUGCUGCCCUCACCAUCCAACACCCCCAGGGGCCGUCCAACAAUGCCCCUGGUGCACGAACAACCCCAAACUUCAAAGUUCGGGCUUGUUUUCGCACUGCCGCCUGGUGUCACCCCACCACCACCUCUCGCCCUCCUCACCCUCUGCUGCGGUGUCUCGCCCAUCCAACACCCCCAGGGGCUGUCCAACAACGCCCCAGUGCAUGAACAAGCCCAGCAUUCACAGUCAUUCUGUGCCCCACCUGCCCCUUCUCGCCCUUCCCCCCUCCCUCUUGACUUCUGCCCACAACCCCCCCCUCCUCUUGCCUAUCCAAAAGGCCUCCACAGAGCCCUGAUGACAACGAAGGACGCCGAACACAUAUGUUCAGCAUUUGCACCCUCAACCGCCCACAUCUAG